AUGAUGGGUUUGUCAACGAAUCUCCAUAGCCUCGACCUCCGUUCCACUUUCUUCACUGAUCUGCGUCCUUGCUCAUCCCCAAUCACAUCUAGUUUCAUCAAACUCUGUUCCAUUUCCAACCCUAGACGCGAAUUCCCGACCCUCAGCGUCGAGACUUCGGUGAAAGAGCGUGAAGAAGACAGAGAGUCGCUUUUCUCGACCCAACGAAACGGUGCUUCUUUGGUCUCUUCAGGAGUCAAGUCCGAUGUUACAGGAAAUCCACCAGUUUUACUGUUAGACAACAUAUGGAAGAGCUACAAUGGCGUGACAGUGCUCAUGGAUGUGAGCUGGGAAGUGAAACGAGGUGAAAAAGUAGGGUUAGUUGGAGUAAACGGAGCCGGGAAGACGACUCUGCUCAGGAUAAUCGCCGGUCAAGAAGAGGCAGACUCAGGUCACGUAAUCAAGGCCAAUCCCAACAUGAAAGUCGCUUUCCUGAGCCAGGUAUUCGAGGUUUCUAUGAGCAGGACUGUGAAGGAAGAGUUCAUGAGUGCUUUCAAGGAAGAGAAGGAGAUGAAUCUAGACAGCGUGGAUGAUAAGGUCAGAGAACUGAUGCUGGGAUUAGGGUUUGCAGCAGAGGAUGAAGAUAGGCUUGUGGCUUCGUUUAGCGGUGGUUGGCAAAUGAGAAUGUUACUUGGAAAGAUUUUGGCUCAGGAUUCAGAUUUGCUGCUACUCGAUGAGCCAACAAACCAUUUGGAUCUUGAGACGAUUGAGUGGCUAGAAAGUUAUCUGAAAGAGCUUGAGGUGCCAAUGGUUAUAGUAUCACAUGACAGAGCCGUUCUUGAUCUAUUGUGUACAAAGAUAGUUGAGAUUGACAUUGGUUUGUCGAGGACAUUCGGGGGUAGUUACUCUCAGUAUGUACUCUCAAAGGAAACAUGGGUCCAGAGACAGCUUAAGGCUUUGAGACUACAACGGGGAGAGACGGAUUCGGACAGCGUAGAUAACGAUCCAGAGGAGGUGUGGCUAGAAGAAGAUGGGGAAAUAGUGAACCCCUAUGAGCGGAAGAAGAUGAAAAUAAGAUUUCCGGAGCCGGGAACGAGUGGAAGAUUGGUACUCACGCUUCAAAACAUUGAUUUCGGUUUCCAGGAUGAUAAGAUGCUAUUCAACAAGGCUAAUCUUGUAGUUGAAAGAGGAGAGAAGAUCGCUAUUAUUGGGCCCAACGGUUGCGGGAAGAGCACGUUACUGAAGCUGAUCAUGGGUUUGGAGAAGCCUAUCAAUGGCCAAAUCAUUCUUGGAGACUACAAUGUCCUCCCAAACUACUUUGAGCAGAAUCAGGCUGAGUUUCUUGAUUUGGACAAGACGGUUCUUGAAACAGUAGUUGAAGCUGCAAAAGACUGGAGCAGUGAUGAUGUGAAAAGUCUUCUUGGACGUCGCAGCUUCAGAGCCGAAAUGCUUCACCGAAAGGUCUCUCUUUUAAGCGGUGGCGAGAAAGCGCGUCUUGCUUUCUGCAAAUUCCUGGUGACGCCAUCGACUCUACUAAUUGUAGACGAACCGACCAAUCACUUGGACAUUCCUUGUAAAGAAAUGCUCGAGGAAGCGAUAAAGGAGUACCAAGGCACAGUGAUCAUGGUGUCUCACGAUAGAUACUUCAUCAGACAAGUCGUCAACAGAGUCAUACAAGUUAAGCAUGGCGGUUUGGAAGAUUACGCAGGCGACUACAAUUAUUACUUGUGGAAGGAUGCGGAAGCUAGAGCACAGGAGGUAGAGAGAAAAGCAGAGCUUAAAACGAAACGUCCAAAACCGAGAGGGAUAGGGAAAGGGAAAGAGAAAGGGAAAAGAAAGAUGUCACACGCUGAGGAAAGAGCGAGAAAGAAGCUGAAGAGGAUAGAGUUAAAACUGCCUAAACCGCUCUCAAAAGCUCAGAAAAAAAGAGCCAAGGAGAAGCACAGGAUACAGAAGAUGCAAUCGUUUCGAGUAGCUAAACAGAGAUCAAAGGCCACCAAGAAUUCAAAGCGAUGGAACUGA